GUUCGCUCGGUCUGUUGGGUUCGUUCGAGCGUUGGAGCUUCCUUAUUACUUAAUUCCCCAAAAGCCCUUACCUACUGCGCUCGACGUCCCAGUCCAUUGAAAAGAUAUCAUACUCUGGUUUCGCUGUCCUUGAAGUCCUUAUCCGCCAGUUCAUUUCGAAAUUUCGACUCUUCAGUCCUACCUGUUCCUUACCUAGAACGUUUUGCCAACCCCCAACUGCGUUAUUGUCGCCCUCCAAGGCCCGAACAUUGCUCAGGCACCUGCUUGUCAACCACUGGUGCAGGAACUGGCCACUGAAAGCCAGCGGGUUACACAUGCAAGCCGCCGUUGUGCAUGUGCAGGCAGGUCGGUUUGCUGUCCAAGGAUAACGCAGUGACAGGUGUCGAAGCCGGCCAACCCCAGCUCCGACUCGCAGACUGCGGUGAACAUGAGCGAAAGUGCCUCCGAUGGUGAACAGAGCCAAACCACGAAUGACCAUCGAAAGCCCUCCAAAUGGCACACUCUCAGGAAACGUUUCCUCGCCUUCUUUACCCCAGGGCACAGACCUGUCUUGCGGAUGCACGCCUUCACUGCCAUCAACCCUCGGACAAACCUGAAGGAGGUUAAUGCAAUCCUCAGGGACCUCACGCGUCCCAUAGUGAACGAAGAUGAAGGACGUAUCUCGGAAUUGUACGUUCCGGGGAACAACGUUUGCCCAUAUGCCACUCUAGGGUUCCUUGCCAGGGUCGACCCUGGCGCCUUGGGGUUUUCCUUUGUCAAAGAGCACGUCGUCAAUGACAUUCAUGGGCGGUACACUCCAGUCGCAAACCUCUCUCCUGCACAACGAGAUAAGUGCGAAAGCCUUCACACAGUCAAUGGGACCCGGCUAGAAAUUCUAGGAAUCGCCCAUAUUGCUCUCUAUCACAGAGAUGCCCCCAACAUGCUCAUCAACUGGGCAUACAUGGUUGUCCCAGAUGACAACCCUGUGCGAUUCGACUUCAUUCUGGGCACGGACUGGGAAUAUGCUAUUCAGGACCUCGCCAAACGGCUCGAGAGAAAAUCGUCAUCCCCUCCUGCUCCCACGGUGGCCGUCAUCCAUCUUGAAACGGAGCAUAUGACGAACCUUCUCUUGACGUGUGACGACAUCAAGAUCGCAACGACAAUGUUGAUAUGAAACACGAGACAUGGAUUUGGCAGCUUCUCUCAAUGGCGCAUGGCGGACUGGGG